GGACAGAGGCGUGGGGUUGAAGAUGCGGAAUUAACGCAUCCGCUGCGCCCGAACCGGACUGAAUAUGGCGAGCACCGAGAGCAAAAGUGGGUCUUCGGAAAACUUUCACACACCCGAGCCAAGUAGAGGGGCUCAGCCGGGCGCGAGAUGGGGUCCACAGCAUGCAGGUGCUCGAGAGCUUGCGGAAUUAUACUCGCCAGGAAAAAGAUGCCAGGAAUGGCUCAGUGUGCUUCUUUGCUUUACCCUCAUGGCCUUCAACUUCUGUUACCUGGUAACAUACUUCCACCUGGGACACAUCUGGUACAUCCUUCUGGGCAUCGUGGCAGGGAUCCUCACAGCAGACUUUGCCUCUGGUCUGGUCCACUGGGGUGCUGACACAUGGGGUUCAGUGGAUCUGCCCAUCGUUGGGAAGGCCUUCAUUCGUCCAUUUCGAGAGCACCACAUUGAUCCAACAGCUAUAACGCGCCAUGAUUUCAUUGAGACAAAUGGUGAUAACUGUAUGUUGACUAUCAUCCCUCUCGCUAACAUGGCCGCAAACUUCUUAAUGCUCUCACCAGCGGAGAUCUAUCGAAACUACCCAUGGUACUGUUACGUCUUUGCUUUAGCCAUUUUUGUUACACUGACCAAUCAGAUUCACAAAUGGUCGCACACAUAUUUUGGGCUCCCACGCUGGGUGACGUUUCUUCAGGACUGUUACAUCAUUUUACCACGGAAACACCACAGAGUUCACCACGUUUCACCUCAUGAAACCUACUUCUGCAUUACCACAGGCUGGUUGAACUAUCCCCUAGAGAAACUGGGAUUCUGGAGAAACCUGGAAGAUCUGAUCCAGAGCCUGACAGGAGAGAAACCCAGAUCAGAUGACCUCAGAUGGGCCCAGAAAACCAAGUAAUCUUCCUCUGCCACCGACCCACCUCCCCUACCUCAGACCUGCUUAUAGGAGAACAGUCGUUUUUCUCCGUCUACUUGUCCUCCCUCAGACAGAACAAGAGGAAUGGCAAGAUAUCAAAGCCCAAAUUAGAAAGCCAUCAAAUCUUAGCAAAAGUUGAGAGAAUGGGGUUGACAAAGCAAUUGAAAGCAAUAUCCCACCCUGCUCACUCUAAAGACCCAAACAUCCAAAUCCUUGUUGAAAACUUGAGACUUCUGUGAAAUGUUUAAAACUAUUCAAAGUGCAAAAAAAACAAAACGAAUUUAAAAUGUCAAUACUUGAACAAAGUGGGCUCUUUUCUGGACACCUUCUUAUCUUUCAGCUGCUCAAAGCUUUGCUGACUAGCUUGUUUCUGAGGGACUGGCCUCUGCACUUUUGGGUUUGGCCUUUGGGACUGAUAUCUCUUGCUCUCACCCUUCACUUGUUUGGGGUUUAAGUGCAGUAAACUCAAGGCAUUUUGGCUCUUUAACCGCAGAGGGCUGAAAACCGGUGUCUUCAUCUGUUGCUUGUGUCUGAACGGACGGAGCAGCAUCAUAUGCAGUCUUACUUCAGUACGCCUUAAAAGACAAAUCGCAAGAAACUUGCUUUGCUCUGCCUCAUCCUGUUCCUAACAUUCAUUUUUUUUCAUUAUCAAUACUUUCUUUUGAAGCACAUUUGCAAAUUCAGAGGUGCUGAAAGCAGUUAGCUCUUGAUCAAGAGGUGUAUAUUAGAAGUAUUUCCACGUAGGUCAAUAUUUAGGUUAAUAAUGUCUCAGUG